AUGCCACCCAAAGCCAGUGAAAAAGCCGACAAGAUGUUCAGCGCGGACGUCGUCGCCGCCGUGCUCUACAGCACCGGCACAACCAGCCUCUCGAUGAAAAACUACGAAAUGAUGAGUUCACUCGACGGCAAAAAAUCCGCCUACAGCUUCCAGCACGACUUCCGCUCCGUCAUCGCCAAAGCCAAGGAACUCAAGGCGCGGGUUGAAAGCGGCGAGGAGUUUGCGCCCGUGGCGUCUUCUGCCAAACGCGGUCCGACGACGCCUGUAAGCACGCCGAGCAAGCGCAAGAGCGCAGAGGUUUCGGAUGCGGAUAAGACGCCGUCCAAGACGCCUUCGAAGAAGCGGUCGACGCUGGUUGAGGAGGAGGCUGCGGCGGAGGGCCAGGAUAAGCAGGAGGCGGGUGCGGUGAAGGGCUUCAAGGACUGUGUUCCCGAGGACUUUGAUGCGUUUAUCAAGGGCGAAGCGGCGUGGGAGGAGAAAUAUGCCUAG